AUGCGAAAGUCAUUAUCGGUCACAAAAAAAUGGGCGAUCGAGCGCGCUCGGUGUGUGGCCCAGGAGCCAUUUGAUGAUGCGCGACUAGUUUUUUGGACUGACGCUUCUAUGAGUCGAGGUUCUGUAGGAUGGGCGGCUGUGUUUCGGGAGGACCGCACCUGGGUGCGUAUUAUGGCAAGAGGGUCGGGAGGAGACUCAUCCCAUAUCGCAGAGCUUCAAGCCAUCGACCUUGCCCUUGACUGCACGAUACAGCUCGUUGAAAAGAAGACGGAGAACGGAAAGGGCCGGCUGCAAGUACUUGAAGUGUACAGUGACUGCCAAGCAGCGCUGUUAUGUUUGAGGAAAGCUCUAAGAGACUUGUCAGCUUUGGACAUCGACAACGAAGAUCGACGUUAUAAAUACAAGACGAUUAAAUCGCAGGUGACUCAGAAGAUAGCGCUAGAGAUGGGCCGCAAGGUCAUAAAGCUUCAAGAAGUCGGUGUAUAUGCUGAGUUUCACUGGGUGCCUCGGAACAAAGCCAUUGGAAACAUCCUUGCUGAUAAGGGCGCUGGUCUUGCGAGAAUGGGAGUUGGAUGCGACUGUACGCUCAACAAUGCACUCAUCGAGUUUCUGCCAGCUGACCCUGUUGGAGAAGGAGAUGAUAACGAGAAGAGUGUAUGCCUAGACCACGUUUAUGCAACCGUGCCGCAGAAACAUAUGGCGGAAGAAAUUACGUCGACGUUGAGAGAAAGAGCGGCAACAGUCAAAGAGAUACUCGCAGAGAUGGCCCGCGAAGCUGCAAAAGAAAAGGAACGCGAAGCUACUUGGCAAAGACUAGCCGAAGCAGAACCAGAAAGGCCCGAAGUUGGGAUCGAUUGGCACAGCGACAUUUUUGCUAUAGAUCCGGAGUUGUAUCUUCCUUUGCCAGAGGAGAUAACCGAAACCACGGGGGGAGAAACAGUUGAUUUUAUUGGACAAAGCCCCGAAGUUGAGAACGAUUGGGGCAACGACAUUUUGCUUAUAGAUCCGCAGCUGUAUCUUCCUUUGCCAGAGGACAUGACCGGUGUGGUGACUAGCAAAGUUGCAGCAGAGGGGGCAACUGACACAUGUACUGGAGAAUAA